ACUGCAGCAUUUCAGAGCCUGGUGGGCUCCAUGCUCCUUCCAGCAGUCCUGAAAACUUAAAAAGCUUUAGUUUGCAGCUGAUCAUUGGCAAAAGUUUCCCUAUGGCGCAGCAAUGUGGGGGAGGCUGGCUCAGCUCUGUCCCUUGAUGCUGUCCAUGUGCUCAGUGGCUUUAACACCAACCCAGGCCAUGGUGUGCAGGGAACUCCCAGCUCUGCCUUCCCACAGAAGGAGCAGCAGAGAUGUUAAUUCUCCAGCUCCUGUUGACUGUCAGCUGAGCCAGUGGUCAGGAUGGACUGAUUGCUUCCCUUGCCAAGAGAAAAAACACCGGCACCGGCGGCUGGCGCGGCCGGCGGAGUUUGGAGGGCAGAGAUGCGCCGGGCACCUCUGGGAUGAGCAAGCCUGUCGAGCUGAGACAACCUGCUCAGGGCCACCAGGGUGUGGGCAGGACUUCCAGUGCAAGGAAACAGGGCGCUGCAUUCAACAGCAUCUCGUGUGCAACGGAGACAGAGACUGCAGAGAUGGGUCUGAUGAGGAUAAUUGUGAGGAUGAAGAUAUUGAAAACCCUUGUGAACAUCUGUUCCCAAUCCCAGGGGUGGAAAAAAUAGUCCAAGGAUACAACAUCCUGACACAGGAGGGGAGGCAGAACGUGUACGACCCUGGGUUUUUUGGAGGGCUCUGUGAGUACGUGUACAACGGGGAGUGGCGGGAGCUGCGGUACGACGCCGCCUGCGAGCGCCUGCACUACGGGGACGACGAGAAGUACUUCCGCAAGCCUUACAACUUCCACGACUACCAGUUCCUGGCCCAUGCUGAUUCUGGAUUUGCUUUUGAGUUUUACGAUGAUUCAAAGGACCUGCUUGACGCCCUUAAAAGUGAUAAAUCCAAAACAACAGGCUUCACCAUUGGAAUUGGGCCUGGAGGUGCAGAUCUCACGUUAAACCUGGGCCUCACUUUAUCAGGUGGCAAAGGAUCCCUGAAGAAUUUCACACAAUAUGAUGCAAAGGAGGUUGGAUUCAUUAGAGCUGUGACCAAGGUGCAGACAGCCCGCUUCAAGAUGAGAAGGGACAACGUUGUUUUGGAUGAAGAUGUGCUGCUCUCCCUGCAGGACCUCCCAGACACCUACAACUAUGGCAUGUAUGCCAAAUUCAUCAACGACUACGGCACCCACUUCAUGACAUCUGGCACCAUGGGGGGUGUCUUUGAGUACAUCCUUGUCAUCAAUAAGGAGGAAAUGCGAAGAAAAGCCAUCAGCAUCGAGGAGAUAAGUGCCUGUGUCGGUCUGUCCCUUGGCAUCACAGCCAGCAGGGAGAGCCUGGGUCUGGCUGCAGCUCUGACACACUCUGACUGCAAACAGAAAGGACUCCUGGACACUGAUGCUGAGAGCCACGGUGCAGUUGUGGAAGAUAUUAUUCCCCGGAUUAGAGGGGGAGAUACCAGUUACAGUGGAGGGCUCCUGAAGAGUUGGGAUGGCAAAAUGUAUCGUCACUGGGGCAGGUCAUUAAAAUAUAAUCCUGCUGUUAUUGAUUUCCAGCUGCAGCCCAUCCACGAAAUCCUCCGCCGGAGCAACCUGGGCAGCGUGGAGAGCAAAAUGCAGCACCUGAAGAGGGCUGUGGAUGAGUUCCUGCUGGAGUUCAGCCCCUGCCGCUGUGGGCCGUGCCACAACAACGGGGAGCCCGUGCUGGUGGGUGACAGCUGCUCCUGCCAGUGCCGCCCUGGCUACAGAGGACCUGCCUGCCAGCACACCGAGCGCCCAGGUGGUGAGACGGACGGGCGCUGGAGCUGCUGGUCGGGCUGGUCGCCGUGCCAGGCUGGGACAACACAGCGCAGCCGGCACUGCUCCAACCCUGCCCCGCGGCACGGCGGGCAGCCCUGCGCUGGGAGAGACCUCCAGAGCAGAGCCUGCUGACAGCCCAGCCUGCUGACAGCCCAAGGUGCCUGGGACGGGGUGCUUUGGAUCCUGGGCUGGGCUGUAAAUACGCCAGGAGCGCGGUGGAAUUACCCCUGGGAGGAAUUAUUGACCGGUGACGCGGUUCUGCAUAUGUCAAACCUGGCCAAGUGCUGCCAUGGUUUUGCCCCACCAGAUUCAUCCUUCCCAACACCCCACCAGAUCCAUCCCUCCCAACACCCCACCAGAUCCAUCCUUCCCGACACCCCACCAGUGAGCACAGGAGGUGGCACAGAAUCCACCCAAAGGGGCUGCUGGGUGACCACGGGGCUACGGCGUGUCGUGAAAUAAAUUCACCGCGAGUGUUUACACAACUGA